AUGGCUCCCAAGGUCGCUGUCGUCUACUACUCCGUCUACGGACACAUUCGAACCCUCGCCCACGAGAUCCAGCAAGGUAUCAAGUCGGCUGGAGGCUCGUCCACCCUCUACCAAGUCCAGGAGACCCUUCCCCAGAAAGUUCUCGACAUCAUUAAAGCUCCCCCCAAGGCCGAUGACCCCGUCAUCACCCCCGAGAAGAUCACCGAGUACGAUGGUAUCCUUAUGGGUAUCCCCACUCGAUUCGGUAACCAGCCUGCCCAGUGGAGAUCGUUCUGGGACCAGACUGGAGGUCUCUUUGCCAGCGGAGGACUGGCCGGCAAGUACGCCGGUGUCUUUGUGUCCACUGGUACCCCCGGAGGAGGCCAGGAGACCACCGCCAUCAACGCUCUCUCCACCAUUGCCCACCACGGCAUGAUCUACGUGCCCCUCGGAUACAAGGAGGCCGCCCCUCUGCUCACUUCCUUCGACGAGAUCCACGGAGGCUCGCCUUGGGGCGCUGGUACUUUUGCUGGAGGAGACGGAUCUCGAAAGCCCACCGAGCUCGAGAAGAACGUGGCCCGAAUCCAGGGUAAGCAGUUCUGGGAGACUGUCGCCAAGGCUUUCAAGUAG